AUGACUUCACAAGGUCGGGGAGAUGCAUAUAAAUACUGGGGAGGGAGAGGGCUGAGAACCAUCCACGACUCUCCGGCAACCGACCCACACGGAACAGCCGCCACCACCGCCGCCAGCAUGAAGAUGGCCAACUGUGCUGCCCUUUUGGGGCUGGUCCUCCUUGCCUGCUUUUCUGAUCUUGCUGUUGCUCAAAGACGGGCCAACUGCGCCUCCUACAUGGCGACUGGAAAAACCAUGAGCGUCGUCUGCCCCCGCAACUACGACCCCGUGUGUGGCACCAAUGGCCGCACCUACCCCAAUGAGUGCUCCCUCUGCAAGGACUUCUUCCGCAACCGUGCCCUUGACAAGAAACACGAUGGAAGAUGCGUUAGGGUCGACUGUACUGGUUUCCUGAAGCCUGGCAGUGGUUACAACAUCCCCUGCACCCUGGAGUACUCCCCCAUCUGCGGCACCAAUGGCAUCACCUACAGGAACAAGUGCCACUUCUGUACUGCUGUGGCGAGUGGCCUGGAUGUGAACCUGAGGACCUACGGAGAGUGCUUCCAGCAAAAUGUCAACAUCGACUGCAGCAACUUCCAGCAGAAGGGCGGCAGCAUGGUCUGCACCUCCGAGUACACCCCCAUCUGCGGCUCCGACGGCAGGACCUACUCCAACAAGUGCCACUUCUGCACCGCUGUCUCACGCAGCCUUGGAGGUCUGUUCUUCAGGCACCAGGGAGAAUGCUAAGUGCUGGAGCUGGACCCUUCAACAUGACA